GCAUGCCUACAAUUGAAGAAUUAAAAAAUAGUAAAGUGGAUUCUUCAAUAGAAAACAAAAAUUCUAAUUUGCGGAAAUUAUUAUUAGAGGAUACUCUUGAUGUUGCUCCUAUUGGUCUAACAUUCUGUUUUGAUCGUGAAUCAUUUCUAAAUGAUGACUUUAAACCGGACGAUUUUAUUUUGGAGCAACAUUGUCGUGGGAUAUCAUUAGAAAAACUUCGUGAUGAUCUUCUUCAAUAUUCUAAUAUUCUUAAGUCCAGUUUAAUUGAAUUGAUCAAUCAAGAUUAUGCUGAUUUUGUAAGUCUAUCAACAAAUCUUGUUGGUUUAGAUAAAUCAAUUGAUACAAUUGUCACACCAUUGAAACAACUACAAUCUUAUGUAUCGUCAGUCCUUGAUGAACUUGAAUCUACUGAUCAAGAACUAUCAGCUAAGUUGAAAUCUCUUCAGCAUAUAAAAAAUGAAAAGGAUUAUGCAGAUAGUUUAUUCACAUUGGAUGCAUGUGUGUCGCGUUUAGAACGUUGGCUAACACAAUCAAAUCAACCAUCAGUGAAUAAAGAACAAACUAAUGAUCAAUUAGAUCAUAAAUCUAAUAACAUCAUGUUAGGUGACAGUGAUAAUAAUGAAAAUGAGACGUCAAAAGGUAUUAAUAAUGAUGGCGAUGAAAACGAAUUAGAUAUAUGGCCGCCUGAAUUCUAUGCUGAUUGUUCUCUUCAUGAAGAUAUUGGACAACGUAUGGAUCGAAUUGCUAAUGAAUACAUUAAACUUCAAUUUUUCAAUAAAAAGUGUCGUGGUCAUCCAAUUUUAAAUUCAUUAAAACCACGUAUUAAUUGGAUUACAAUAAAUCUUCAAGAACAAUUAGAGAUACGUUUAAAGGAGAGUUUUAAUGCAUGUUGUUUAACAGUAAUUAAUACAAAUGUUGAUUGUACAAUACCGAAACAUUCUAUUGAACAAUUAAGACGAGUUAUUUCUACAUAUUUGGCCAUUGAUAAAUUAUCUGAUUUAUUGAUACUAUAUCGUAAAUUUGUACUUCAUGAUCAACUUAGCCAGAUAUUUACUCCUCGACCUGAGUUGACUCAUGCAGGUUCUGAUACUGCAAUAGCUGCUGAGACUUUGAACUCGAUGUACACCAGAGCACUGAAAGUUCUUGAUUCACAAAUUUAUUAUGUGAAAGAACAGAUCAUUAAAUGCUCACCCGAAGGCUCUGAACCUUUAUCGGAUUUCGAUUGUUUAGUCGGUGGAUUUUGGCCUGAAACAAUUGAUCUUAUCUGUAAUAAUCUACCGGAAAUAUUUUCUCCAGGUCAUCCAGACAGAUUCUAUUCAUUAUAUACUGUUAGCAUGGAUUUUAUUAAAACGGUUGAAACAAAAACCUGGUCAAAUAAACAACUUGUCAAUUUACGCAAUCAUCCAUCUUAUUCAAUGUUUAGAAAUAAAUGGAGUUUACCAGUUUACUUUCAAAUCAGAUUCCAAGAAAUAGCUGCAAAUGUUGAAAACGCUAUGAAGAAAGGUCUGAUAGAGAUUAAAGAAAGUCAAAAACUAUGUUUAAUUGAAGUUACCGAAGUUGUUAUCUGUCAAUUGAAUCGUUGUUGGGAAGAAGGAAUUUAUUUAGAUAAGUUGAUCCAUAGAUUUUGGAAAUUAACUCUACAAAUAUUAAGCCGUUAUUCAAGUUUUAUUGAUGAACAAAUAAAAUCUGUCCAAGAGAAUAACGCUACUGCAAGUCAAUCGUCUGAUUCAAUUUUACUGACAAAAUCAACUGAUUACUUUCCUGAAUUGUUAAUAUACUUUUUUGUCGAUUGUCUUCGAUUGGUUGAUUAUGUUCGCUUAGAAUUGAAGGGGGAAAUUUUAACUCGUCUCAACCAACGCCUGGUUACACAAACAAUGGACAACGAUAGUAAUGAUGACACUGUGAACUAUGAAACUAUAUUAAGUGAGUGUUUGGAGCAGUCAUGUGAACGCUUAAUUGCAUCGAUCAGUUCAAUAAUGGAUCUUAUCGUUCAAAAAAUUCAACAAAACUGUUCAAAUAGUAUUCGCCAAGUACUAGAUAUACCGCGUCAAUAUCGUUGGACUAAUCGAGAGUUUCCUUCUAAUGCAUCUUCAUAUGUAUCAAACAUUAUACAUCCUUUAAUGAAACUCGAUGCUUUAGGAUUACGUUUAUCUCAAUCAGUCCCUAACGCUCAACCAUUUUUAUCUACUUUAAUUAAGAAAUGCAUCACAACUGUUACUCAUGACUAUACAGCUCAACUAUCAGAAGUGUCUACAUCAGUGCGAAAAAUGGAAGAUAGUAUACGGCGAUUACGUGAAGUUAGACGUAGUAGUUCCCAAAUUUUCAACCAACCUCAAUCUGUCAAUGGUAGUAGUGGAUUUCACUCAGAUGAUAAAAUUCGUCAUCAAUUGUACUUAGAUGCUAAAGCGUAUAUUGAUGAAGUAAGGAAGUUUUGGAGUUUAGAUCGAGAUUAUACAUGUGAGUUGGACGAUUUUAUGGAACAAAUAGACACAAUUCGAACGGAGCCAAAUGUCUCCAUUAUGAAUACUAUUCCAGCAGUUAGUCAAGAGUGAUUAACAAAAUUAAAUUGUGAUAACUUUUAUGUACAUUAUAUAAUAUGGGUAUAUGUUACUUGACAACAUUUCUAUGCUUUGUCAAUCAAAUAAAGUUUGUCUACAUUG